ACAUUCACAGCCCGAGGGGCACCAUUUAGGUAGAUUUGCAUAUAACUUUGGAUCCUUAGUAUAUCCAGCGACACGCAUUUUUGGUAUUUUUCCAAUUCCGUCUCGAUGUUAAAGUGACAUAGAAAUAGGCCUAUAUCGGUGUUAUUGCAAACACUGACAUAUGAAAACGGGAGGAGUUUCUGUCUUUAGGGCGCCACGUAACUAGAAGAAGCUAGUAAAUCAGUGGCUUGCCCCUGUGCAUCUGACAGUCAUGGAAGCUGAACGAUACAGGUGAACCACAGUAAGGGAACGAGGGAGACGGGAAUGAGGAGAUUUUUCAGAGCGCAUAGCUACAGCGAUGAAGACAACAGUCAGAUCCAGUACCUGACGGCUAAGUGUAACCGCCUGACACAUGAAACAGUGCUGGAGAGGGAAUGCCUGGGGGCCAGGGAGAGAGAGAGGAGCCUGCAGAAUGAGCUGGAGGCUCUGUCCACACAGCUCUGCCAACAGGAGCAGGUCAACAUAGAUUUGAUGUACAAACACGAUGAACUGCUCGGCAGGGUCCAUCAUGAACAGCAACGGGUGCAUCUUGUGGUGGAGGAGAGCUCCAGAGAUGCUGCACUGCUGGGCCUACAGCUGGAACAGGUCAACUCGGAGCUACUGCACCUGCAAAGUUCUGAGGUGCAGCUGGAAGGCCUGGUGGAAGAGCUGCACACUGAGGACCUGCAGAGAGCUGCAUUGACAGAGGACCUUCAGGUACAGCUGCACAGUAAUGUAUUGGAGUUGGAAGCGCUUCAGUGCGGCUACGCUGCCAGCACCCAGGAGCUGGAGGAGCUGCGCAGCGCCUGCCAGAGGAAGGUGCAGGGACUGCAGCGGGAGAAUGAGGGCAGCCUGAAGAAGCUCCAGGAGACGGCCGAGCAGUUUGAGUGGCUGUGUGAACAGCAGCGCUACUGGAUAUGCUGUGUCAAGAGAUUCAAAGACUGCCUGUCAGAGGAGAAGGACUCUCUGGUGCAGCAGGUGAAACGGUUGGAGAAGGAGGUAGCAGAGCUGAGGAAGAGCUCAGAGAGCACCACCCAGAUGCUGUGCUGCCCCCUAGAGGACACAGUCAGCCAGCACUGUGACAGAAUGCCCUCUUGGGAAUCCGGUGAGAUGGCUGACCUGCAAACCCAGGUGGACAAAUGGAGAAAGCUGUAUGAGGACCUCUUCAGCCAGUUCACACCCCACCCAGGGGGGCACGUUGUCGACGGAUACCAAAAACCUCCUUGAGGUCAGAAGACCAUGAAAUCCAUCUAUUUUUCUUCAACCCAGUGGAGGCACUCCUAACUUUUGUCUGUUUGUCUCGCUACUCAACUGUUUCUGAGAACCAUACAACCUCCCCGUUCUAUUGUUGUCAUUGUUUAAAUGUCUUGAAACCACUGCAUGACUACUGGAGUGUGAUAUGCAACUUCGUUACAGUCUAUUGUCUAUAUUUUGGUAUGAGUCUUAGUGUUCUCCUWUUUGGACACACUUUCCUGUCAUUGUCUAUUUUCAGACACACUGGUGGAACAUAGUAAAUCAACAAGUAAAAACACCUGGGAAUGUCUGUCUUGUUGUUACUCUGCCAAUCCUGAUGAUGACUCUAGCUGAUGAGCAGAGAACCACAACACAUGCUAAUGUUUUGUCCUGGUGAACAUUCCUGACAUUAACUCCCAUCAUUUACAAUUAACCAGAUGUGGGAUUAAAAACACAACUCAUGUAAAAUAUACUGUGUCUGUAAAAUGUACAUAGGUUCAGAACUUUUGUGAAACGGCACAGUUAAAAAUAUAUGGCAAAAUAGAACUCAAACUGGAUGCACUUUAGCGAUAGAUGGUAGUUGAAGGAUGGGAUUAAAAACAAACAAAAGGGAA